AUGUCCUCAAACGCAGCAUCUACUGUGAUCCCUCCAUCCUACGAGAAGCUCCCCACAACACACAUCAAGGUCUCCCACUACCCUGCGGGCGCUGAAACGGCCACACCGGUUGUGGUGGUCGUAUUGAACCGGCCGGAGAAGCGCAAUGCCUUCACCGGGCCCAUGGCGGAGGAUUUGGAGAGGGUCUUUGCUAUGUUUGAUGUGGAUGAGCGGGUCAAGGUAGUCGUCUUGACCGGUGCUGGCAAUACAUUCUGUGCUGGCGCGGAUCUGGAAAUUGGGUUCCCCAAGGGACGUGAUGAGAAGCCGAUGGAUCAUCGAGAUAGUGGCGGUCGAGUAGCCCUCGCAAUUCACCGCUGCAGCAAGCCAACCAUCGCCGCAAUGCAAGGCUCAGCUGUCGGCGUUGGCAUGACCAUGACCUUACCUGCCCAAGGCCCUCUACCUCGUGUCCACGGGGAGCGUUCUCCCUCCACGUCUCCGCAUUUCGGGGGCCUGUUUGCCGAGACACUCGCCGAGCAAUCGGAGGUCCUGCCGCGGGCGUUGACGCUGGCGACCGACAUCGCAGAGAACACGAGCACGAUGGCGAAUGGACUCAAUCGGGCGCUGAUCUGGCGCGGGCCUGAGUCGGCCGAGGAGGCGCAUUUGUUGGAUUCGCCGAUUAUUUAUCAUAUGUUUGGGUCUAGGGAUAAUAAGGAGGGUGUUCAAUCUUUCUUCGAGAAGCGGAAGCCGAAUUUUAGGGAUACGCUGGUGGAUAAUGGACCGGCGAUGUAUCCUUGGUGGACUGAGGCGGAUAUUAGCAGGAAGCCGAAUAUUGUGAAGGGAGAUUCUAAGUUGUAG